ACGAUGGUGGCCCAAGAAGCAUGAGGCUGUGGCCCGGGGGACCCUGACGGCCGGCAGGCUCACGGGGAGGAAUGCUCCGGUGGGCAGUGCACUUGGAAGGUGGACCCCGGAGGGUGAACCACGCCGCCGUGGCCGUCGGGCACAAGGUCUAUUCCUUCGGCGGCUAUUGCUCUGGAGAAGACUAUGAGACCCUGCGGCAGAUCGACGUCCACGUGUUUAAUGCAGUGUCUCUGCGCUGGAUCAAGCUGCCUCCGGUGUGGACAAACAGCCGAGACCACGUGAGAGAGGUGCCCUAUAUGAGGUAUGGGCACUCAGCAGUGCUCAUAGAUGACACCAUCUACAUAUGGGGUGGUCGCAACGACACUGAAGGAGCCUGCAAUGUUCUCUAUGCCUUUGAUGUCAACACGCACAAAUGGUUCACACCAAAGGUGACUGGAAUGGUCCCAGGAGCGAGGGAUGGACACUCGGCUUGUGUCCUGGCAAAGAACAUGUUUAUCUUUGGAGGCUACGAGCAGCUGGCCGACUGCUUUUCUAAUGACAUCCAUAAAUUGGACACCACGAGCAUGAUGUGGACCUUAAUCUCUGCCAAGGGCACACCAGCUCGUUGGAGAGACUUCCAUUCGGCUACCAUCAUCGGAACAAAGAUGUAUGUGUUUGGUGGCAGAGCUGAUCGGUUUGGGCCGUUUCAUUCCAACAAUGAGAUCUACUGCAACCGGAUUAAAGUAUUUGACACAGAAACAAACUCCUGGCUUGACUCCCCGCCAACUCCAGUGCUCCCUGAAGGCCGGCGGAGUCAUUCAGCCUUUAGCUACAACGGGGAGCUCUACGUGUUUGGUGGCUACAACGCACGCCUGAACAGACACUUUCAUGACCUCUGGAAAUUCAAUCCAGUUUCUUUUUCUUGGAGGAAGAUUGAGCCCAAAGGAAAAGGCCCAUGUCCUCGACGCCGGCAGUGCUGCUGCAGAGUGGGGGACAAAAUCAUUCUCUUUGGAGGCACCAG